UCUUUCUUUCUUUCUUUCUUGGUAAAAGUGUUCGUUCGCAGCGAGAGGCUGCGGGCGUACGGGCGGUAUCAUAAAGGACUUGUCGCCGGAAAGUCCCACGCGUCUCGCCGGCCCGUCGUGGGGAUGACGAUGGCGCCAGAUUCGAGAGUAGACAAGACAGUAGACAAGGAGAAAGGAAAAAGAAUACGCCACGGCGCAGAAUGCCAGAAGUUACACACAUUUAUGGGAGAGGAACUUGCAUUCGCUCGUCAACUUCAAAAGCCUCCUCAGCACCUUUCUACAAACCCGAUGAUUAAUGGACACCGGUUCGACAUUCAAGGGGAUAUCGAAACGCCAGAUAAGAGGACGCGGCGAGUCCGCAGGUGGAGUUGAUUGGCGCCGUUUUAUCAGGCAGUCCUUAAAAACGAACAUCGUAAACGCUUUUAAAUAUGCGA